AUGCCCCUCAUAACGGCCGAUAAUUUGAUUCCUCGCCAAAGCAUAGAGACAGACCCUUUCGACAUAGUCGCAGGUUCGACUACGAAAACAGAAGGGCUGUCAUGGGAAGGCUUCGUGGCUGCGAUAUCCACUUCCUUCAUAUUAUUCGUCGUUCAGGUCGCCCUUUUCUAUGUCCUCAGACGCCCAAGGACCGGGCUCUCGUACAUCUAUGCACCAAAAACCUUUCUAGUUACCGACAGGGAGCUGGUUCCCAGUCCGCCAGAUGGAUUUGUUGCGUGGUUGAAACCGAUCUUCAGGACCCCAAGCAAGGAGUUCAUAGAAAAAAACGGCCUCGAUGCGUACAUGUUCCUUCGCUUCAUCCGGAUGCUUCUCAGAAUCACCGUCCCACUGGCAUGCAUCAUCCUUCCCAUACUGCUGCCGAUCAACUACUAUGGCGGGAAUGACGAAGCCACAGGACUUGAUCAGCUAGCUUGGGCGCACGUCGGCGAGGAUCAAACCCAACGAUACUGGGCACAUCUGUUGCUUGCCUGUCUAGUAGUGAUCUGGACUUGUUAUGUCUGCUGGGAGGAGAUACGCAGGUUUGUGCGCUUGCGACAGUUCUGGAUGACGUCUCCUCAUCACAGGAUUCGGGCAUCAGCUACCACAGUGCUCAUCUCGAAUAUCCCGCGGAAAUGGCUAACAGAACGGGCAUUGCGCGAUCUGUUCGACGCAUAUGGCGACGUGCGCAACAUCUGGAUCAACCGUAAUUACGAUGAGCUGGAAGAAAAGGUUCUGAAGCGAAACAACCUAGCGCGCGGCCUAGAAAAGGCGGAGACGGAACUCAUCCGCAAUGCAAAGCGACAAAGCAUCAAAGCGCAGGAGCAAGAGGCAAAGCAAGCAGGCAUUAAGCGAACCCGAAAAGAAAAGAAGCAGGACCAAGCUGAAGCGACUGCAGCCGGAGAACGUAUGGCAAACCAGUCCGGCCACAGUUCUGGCGAUCCUCACCAGGCACAUACCAUUGCAGAAAUACUGGGCGGCGUAACCGUUAGAGCAAGGUCUUCCUCGACAAGCUCUGAAGAGAGACGCGGGCUGCGGGUGAUUCCACUUGUCGGUCAAGGUUUUGGAGCCGUAGAACAAGGCAUUGGAUUUGUGGGUCAAGGAGUGAACAAACUUGGCCGAGCGGUUGCCUCCAAUGUUGUUGGCGGGUUCAACGGGGUCCGAGGGGUCUUCGACCCUCGUCAGCGCCCUUCAAAUCAAGAUUCGGAGACGCAACAAUCUUCAGGACCGGCAGGGCCUGUGCAGCCAUCGACCACAGACGGCGGCAGCCUGAGUCAUGGAUAUGAUGGCCAGUAUGACGGCCUCAACGCCAGACCUGGGAACCCUGCCAGGGAAGACGAUGAAUUUCCGCUUACUAUCCGGUCACCGACUAUCCCCUCAACUCUCAAUUCGCCAACGAGCCCACAGAACACAAUCGGCGGAACAGACGAGUUUGCUCUUCGCAGUGGUUCCCAUUAUCAGGACCCGACGAUCCAACAGGAGAAGCCUAAGCAGACGCACAUCAUUAGCUCCUCCCACAACUAUGAAGAAGCUGACGAGGACGCUGUCUGGCGAAGAUACAUCAAACCGAAAGACCGUGAGACUAUGCGCAUGGAUCGAUUUCAUUGGACUUGGCUGCCCGACUGGCUGCCAUCAACGGGUCGGAAAGUUGACAAAAUCUACUAUCUCCGGGCUGAAGUGGCCAAGCUCAAUCAGGAAAUUGAGCGCGAUCAGCAAGAGUCUGAGAAGUUCCCUUUGAUGAACUCCGCUUUCAUUCAGUUUUACGCACAAGCCUCGGCUCACAUGGCCUGCCAAUCGAUCACUCACCAUCGGCCCAAUAUGAUGGACCCUAGAAUGGUCGAGUUAGAUCCGGCUGACGUUAGAUGGAGCAAUCUUUCCCUUGUGUGGUGGCAGCGGAAGCUACGCAGUGUUGCGGUCUUCAUGAUCCUUCUGGGUAUCACAAUUUUGUACGCGAUACCUAUGGGCUUCAUCGGGCUUCUUUCGCAAUUCUCAACCUUGGCCGAUAACAUUUCCUGGCUAAGUUGGCUGGAAGACAUCCCCGUAUGGCUCACCAGUGUCUUACAGGGUGCCUUGCCACCACUUCUCGCCACCCUGUUCCUUGUGUUCUUGCCAAUGCUAUUCAGGCUCCUAAUUCGAUGGUCUGGCGCGCCGACUGGCACGCUUACGGAAUUAUCCCUCCAAGGUUACUGGUUCACCUUUCUCUUCAUUGUCUAUGUUAUUGUCAUCAGUCUCUCGUCUGGCUUGACAUCCACCGUUCAAUCACUAAUUGAGCAACCAUACUCCACGCCUGGAGUACUCGCUCAGAAUCUUCCCAAGGCUUCCAACUACUUUUUCACCUAUCUGCUACUUCAAUGCUUUGGUAUCACAUCGGGAACGCUUGCUCAAAUUCCGUCGCUGCUGAAUCACUUUCUCUGGGGCAAGAUGUUCGACAGUACCGCUCGGGAGAAGUUCAACAGGAAGAUCACACUUCAGCCGGUUCCUUGGGGAAGCUUCUUUCCGAUCUACACUGUAAUCGGCUGCAUAACGAUCAUUUACUCUGUCAUCGCCCCUCUCGUGUUUAUCUUCAGCACGCUGACAUUCUGCAUUUUCUGGGUCGUCUAUCGCUACGAAGUCAUGUACGUCUACCGCUUCAUGGUGGACAGCGGUGGCCGAUUCUUUCCACGGGCGGUUAAUCAACUCUUCACCGGCAUCUACGUCUUCGAGAUCUGUCUCAUCGGACUCUUCUUCCUCGUGCGUAAUAGGGAGGGCAAUGUCGUGUGUGUGCCGCAUGCUGUCAUCAUGAUCGUCUUCUUGGUCGGCACGGUGCUUUUCCAGAUCCAGCUAAACCGGUUCUUCGGUGAGCUGAUUACUUACAUGCCUGUUACUAUGGAGGAUGAGGCGGCUGCCAGGCUGAAGGAGUAUGAGGUUACCCAUGAGGACCAGCCUCUGAAUCGAGCUGAUCAAGAAGGCGGUGACGUUGAGGCCGUGCUGAAGCAGAGAGACAGGAAAGAACAGGAGGAAGAGAAGGUCAUGGAAGACAUAGAAAUGAAAGAAAUCGAGAAACGGCGCAGCCACGACAACACGAGCCGAUCACGAGGCGAAAGCGCCGAGCGUGAAAUCGCCCUUAACCCCAGCAGCGCCGCCCCAACCGCCCACCGCCAGGCCCUCGCCUCCGACAAUGACGCCACAGCCUCCAACCCGCUAGCUUCAUAUCUUCCCGCCUCGCCGGCCCCGCAACCCCAGCACCACCCCCAAACCCCGGCAGCCCGCCGCCUCUCCCACCUCACAAACCGUCUCACCGCCAUCCAUGCCCUUCCAGACGUAGAAGCCCAGCACUCAAUCGCCACGCACCUCUUCAGCGGCUACAAUGAUGAGCUGGAAGACUUCACCCCAGAGGAGCGCAACAAGCUCGUGCAGCAGGCCUUCCUGCACCCCGCCAUCAAGGCUAAGCGGCCCGCGGUGUGGAUCCCGCAGGACGGGCUCGGGGUUGCGGAAGAUGAGAUCAGGAGGACCGAGGAGGGUUAUCAGGGGCGCAUUUGGUUUAGUAGCGGGUUCUGUGCUGUUAAGACCGUGGGGCGACGCAGAAAGGUUAAGGUGGAGUUUUCGAGGCCGCCGCCGGAUUGGGAUGAGUUGGAGUUUAUUAAGUUGUAG